GCUCUGCAGACUGCAUCGUACAGAUAUAUGGCUAUGGCCGGCUCUGUCGGAGUGAAACCGCGCCCCCAUCACAGCACACCUCGACGUUUCCUUGGUAGAAUGAGCGAUAUUGGAACUAUCGAAGAUGCGUCGGUUGUGCUCUCCGUGCCCUCCUCCGUUACCACCGAUACCGCGUCUCCGCUGGCAAGUCCGACCACUGUCGACACCUCAUCGCCGAUAUUCCCCAUCGAGGUGUUCGAGCACAUCAUUGAUGAGUGCUGCAUCGGUGAAGGCGAAGGCUGGUAUGACAGAGAAUCUAUCCGAGAUGAUCAAGAGACCCUCCUUGCGUGCGCCCUGACAUGCAAAGCCUGGCUUCCCCGGAGCCGCUUCCACAUCCUACGGCGUGUUGCCUUUUCAGAUACGUCUCAGGUGUUCAAAUUCGCCCAUUUGUUGGAUGCACACCCGGACAUGGCCAAUCUGGUUCAAUGUCUAAAUGUCUACGAAGAGCGAGCGUAUCCAGGUCGGGCGGAAUACACAUGGCAUGUGUUCGCCUUCCUCAUGAUGCUCACGAGGAGGAUGCCUGUGCUCAGAUCCCUCGUCUUUGAGGGAACGGAUAUUCACAACAUCAGUUUCGACCACCGCUCAAUUAUCUGCAUUUCGGCGUUUCCGGCCAUAACCAGUCUCUCGCUCUCCAACGCCAAGUUUGCCUCUGUAGCUCACCUUGGACGGCUCAUCCUUUCUAUCCCCGCUCUUCGCAGUCUUGCAUGCAGCGAGGUCAGAUUCUGGAAGCGAGGAUUUGAUGUCUGCGACCUCCCUCCGCAAGCGAAUCGCCUGCGGCUUACUAGUAUUACACUGCAAGAUUGUCCCAACGAAGAUGUCGUUAACCUCCUCCUUGCGACAUCUACUGGCGAACACUUUGAAUCACUCGACGUGGAUUUGUUUGCCGCGUAUUACGGAGGCUCCAGGUUGCUCCGGCACUCAGGCCAGGGCCUGCGUACCCUGCGAAUGUAUGCUGAUGGCGAAUCAAUCAAAGACAUGACACAACAACUAUCACCUUGCGACCUUUCGCAUAAUAUUAAUCUCAAGUUGUCUCGUGAACUUAUCAUAAAUGACACCGCAUCUGUGCCCGCAUCGGUCUGGAUUCCGAAGUUACUGCGCACAGUUGCCACCUCAGCGAUGCAAGAAGUAACAGUCAAUUUUGUCAAAGCAAGAUGGAUGGCAAGCUACUCCCUCGAAUGGAAGAUACUCCCCCCGUACAUCCUGCUCAGUGAAGACGACUGUGCGGCAAUAGAUGGCGCGUUGUCGAGAUCAAAGUUUGCGAGACUUCGAAAGUUCCGGUUGACAUUAGAUUGGCAUGUGGAUGUUGAACCAUACAUGGCGUGUUUCCCGAGGCUUCUUCGGCGAGGGAUCCUCUCCAUCGACGCAGGAAGAGAUAGCAGCAUGUUUGGACAACCCAUGCGUUACCCUUAUUACAGCGUGCGAAAAAACGAUAGGCGCGGCCACCUCAAGUAACUGUUCUCUCCGGCCGAUGAUCCGAGAUGCCGCAGCCCCAGCAGCCACAGGGUAGCCACCGCCCUAUCUAACAUACUGCUCACUUUCAGUCCUGCUCGUUUGUACAUACAUUCUGUAGACCUCAUAAUAAUACGUGCUAGAGGCAGUCAGGC